CACAAUUUUUUUUAGAACAGAGAAGAGCUACAAAAAAAAAAUUCAAAAUCCUGCACAAGACUCCAAACUGAAAAUUUAACCAUUUAUAAAUAUCAGAUGGUUUAAAUUUAGAUCUAAAUAAGAUCACAUAGGUAUAAUCAUUUAAGUGUAACGAGAUGGCAACUGAGAUAACGGUGGAAGAACCACUUACUUCGAACACUAGACCAGCAACUGAUGCGUUGAUCACUGUACGUAUCAUCAAAUCAUUCCCUUACAGAAAUGUUAAGAAUCAUAUAAUUCAUUCUAUAAAUUUAAAGGAAACUACUCCAAAGCAAUUGUUAGAACAAAUAAAGACUAUUAUUCAAACCACGGGUGGGUUAAGACCAUAUAGAAGUGUUGAUUAUGAUAGUAUCAAGAUCUAUAGUAAGGCUCAUGGAUCUAAGUCUAUGAAUCUCGUGAUUAAUUUUGAUGAUGAUGAAGGUUGGGUUUUGAUUAAUAAUGAUGAUAAAAGGGGGGAUAAGAAAAGUUUAUACGAAUUAGGUAUUGAGAAUGAAACUGAAUUAAGUUUAUUUAAAUGGGAUGAUUAUGUUGCAUUCAAAGCUAAUCCUGAAGAAAAAUGGUGAAGAAGAUAUUUCAAAGCAAUAUAUUGUUCAUUAUCUUAUUAGAGAUUUUGCAUUAAAUGUGUAUUAUAGUUAUAAUUUCUGUUUUAAGGUAUGAAUGGAAGCAGUAAUUUUUAUCUUUUUGUAUAUGUUAUUCAUAGGUUAUAUAUGGUUGGUUUUGUAUAAAUUUGGAGAAUAUAAAAAGUU